UGUAUGUAUAACAAUAUGAUACCAGUCUUUUUCUAAGCAUUAAAUAUACGACUAGGUGUGUAUGUAGCUCUCUCCCUCACAAAGCUUUGUGCUGGACAUCGGAAAUAGCGCGAUUGUACAUGUGACAUCCAAAUUAGGCAAACCCUGUGCCGCGAUGGAAUAAUCAUUGCGUCAUCAGUAUGUCCGGCAAUAGUCAUCACACUAAUUCCAGCAUAACUGCGCAUCCUUCAGAAUCUGGCUCUGCAUUGGCCGAUGGACUAGAGACAGCAAGUCACAUCCUAAUCAUUGUAAUCCCACCUCCGUUUGUAAUCAUUGGCCUGAUAGGGAACCUCCUCAGUUUCACCCUUAUGAACCAAACGAAGUACCAGAAGUCAACGUCAUGUUAUUUCAUGCGGUGUCUUGCCCUCUUCGACACGCUGUACAUAUUUGGCAGGAUGAGUCUCCGUUAUCUUCUCGCUGUUGCGCCCAAAGUUUUCCUGAGUGAAUCUGCAAAGAGACCCUUCUGUCUCUUCUACUUUUCCGUCUUUGAGUGUUCAAAGUUUAUCCCACCCUUCAUAUUGACGGCUAUGACCAUGGAUCGGUUUGUUGCCGUCACGUGGCCUUUGAAAGCUGCUGCCGUCUGCACGAUGGGCCGGGCGCGGUUGUCCGUCGUUGGGAUAUCAUUGGUCGGUGCUGCAGUAGGUUUGUCCCAGCUUCUUCGGAAGGAACAAGAGGAAUUCAAGUCGUGGUUAUGUCCAUACCACUUCGAAGUGGGAAUAGAUGUUUUCACCCAUGCACACGCGGCCAUAUCAGGGUACAUCCCAAUUGCGUGCCUUGUACUGUUCAAUGCGGGUAUUUCAUUUUCUGUGCUCAGAAGUCGUCAAAAGUCUAAACGUCUGUUCAAUUCUGGAAGAUCUAACUCUUCUGAAAGCUCAAUCACCAAAGUCAGUGUUUCAGUCACAUCUUUUUUCAUCUUGACCAGCCUGCCCAUACGAUUCAUGACAAUAUUCGUGGACAAUGGGUUAAUCUUGAGGAAUGGACCCGGGUUGUCUCCGAUUGAAAUGAUACAAAUUAAGAGUUUCAGCAACAAUCUUGCCAUCACAAUUGAAAACCUUAAUUAUUGUUUUAAUUUCUACUUGUAUUGUUUGACCUCUGCUCGGUUCAGGAAAGAGCUGCUUAAAAUAAUGGCAUGCAAUCCAAAUAAAUAUUAAUUACCAAAUUCUAUUCGUAAUACGACGAAAAUUUGCACUGCAGCGUAAGUAAAUUCCGUAAUUCGUACAAUGUAGAAGAAAUUCGUGAAAUAAUCAAGUUGUACGAAGUUUUUGACUAAAAUAUUACUACGAGAUGCGGGAUUCAACAAUGAAGACGAUGAUCUCGCUAAAGAAGAGGCAAUCAUUACCAGAUACAAUAGGCUGGUUUCGCUACCCUUUGCAAACUCAGGCGAACGAUACUUCAUCGUUCCAAAUGGCGCUGAAACCUGCCAAUACGCUUAAAAUUACAAUUGUGCGGCCGUUAUAUCAUCUGAUUCGAGGUUCCAUGCAGGUAGUGAUUUACACGGCUCAGAAUUCUGCGUGGAUGUUUCGAAAGUCGGAUAGAUCGCAACUUCGAAUUAUCCAUGUAGAGUUGGAACAUGGAACCAGGCGCCGCCAAAUGAGAAAAUGCAGGACGAACUCUAACGUUUCCGCGACAUGUCUCUAUGACACCUGUUUGUCUUACGAGGGAGGUUUCGCACAAUUCUAAAUCCGACUCCUUUUGAAAACCGGCCCGAGAACUACUGUCUCUGGGGUUUCACGCCCGAAGACCACCAGUCCACGCAUCUAACUGCUCCCAUGGCACUUCAUCCUAUGCUUGAGGGUCUUACACUCACAUUGAGCACUAACCGAGCAUAUGUGAUGCCAGUGCGUUCGAGGGGUGGAGCAUAACUGAGCCUGGUAUUCAAGGAUGCUCCACUGAGUCGAACUCGUUUACACUCCGGACGCAGUGGACCGGCCUCGUCCCUCACCUGAGACAAUAUAAAUAUAGGGUGACAAAAUAGACUGCCCCGGGAGUUUAUAACUCGUUAGGUUAAGACGAGAUAGACUAGCAACGUAGUACACAAAUGCCCCGGCGUGGGCUACAGCCGGCAGUAUAAAUGUACAAGAAGUUUUUUUUAAGAGCACUUAUUGGUAUUUUAUUCAUGCCGCCCAUUGAUCUAAUUGGCCUAGGCUAGCUAACAAAAUAGGUCUCAGUUGAAAACCUUCACUACUAACUCAUCAACCACGCUAACGUUAGACUGCAUGAUGACGACAGGUGAGGUCUAAAAAAGUUCCAUCCUCCUUCUCAAUACAUGUUUCCCUGUCUUCCCAUUUAGAAUGGCAAGUAUUUUUCGCAAAAACCUGAGGUGGUUUUAGUAGUAAAUGGGUUAUUUCCGGUGUUUGUCUCCGCAUACCAUUGAUUGAUGCUUACAACAAC